CUCCCUCCCUCACGGCUCACACAGUACAAAGUACAAACCCACACACAGAAAGUAAAAAUGGUAAUGGUGUAACGAUUUAAACAGAAAAAAAAAAAAAGAAAAUAGCCGUUGCACACUCCAACGGUCACAAAGCACGCGGCCUUCAAUCGCGUGGAAAUUCCACUCAAAUCUCAUCACGCGUGGGUGGAAACACACACGCGGCUGGUGAUGCCAACACCCUAAGAAUAAGAAUAAGUUCCUUUACGUCUUUACCUUUCUAUCAAAGUUCAAAUAAUCAUCUCCGAUUCUCCGUUUGUAAAAAAGCAGCCAGAAACCUCACCUCCCCUAAACCCUAAAAAUGUCCACUUCAAUGGAGUCACUGAUCCUCCAGCUCCACGAAAUCUCAGCCGUGAAAUUCGGCAACUUCAAAUUAAAAUCAGGAAUCUCAUCACCAAUAUACAUCGACCUCCGUCUAAUCGUCUCAUACCCAAAACUCCUCCGUCUCAUUUCCGAUACAAUCAUCUCAUCUCUUCCAUCAACAACUACCUAUGACGUCAUCUGCGGUGUACCGUACACCGCUCUUCCAAUAGCGACAGUCAUUUCCACCACUUCAGACACCCCGAUGUUAAUGCGUCGCAAAGAAAUUAAAGAUUAUGGCACUUCGAAAGCCAUCGAAGGAGCAUUUCAAGCUAAUCAAACUUGCUUAAUUGUUGAGGAUUUAGUCACUAGCGGGACUUCUGUUCUUGAAACAGCCGCACCCUUACGUGCGGCUGGGCUCAAGGUUACUGACGUUGUUGUCUUGAUUGACAGAGAACAAGGUGGUCGGGCGAAUCUUGAAGCCAAUGGGAUCACCCUUCAUUCUAUGAUUAAAUUGACUGAUAUGGUCCGGGUUUUGAGACUUAAAGGGAGGGUAAGUGAGGAAACUGAAGCUAUGGUGUUGAAGUUUUUAGAUGAGAAUAAUAAAGUUGCGGCGGUUGGUGGUACGGUCGGGAAAAAUGUCGGUAGGGUUUCGUAUGGGAAACGGGCUGAGUUGGCUAAAAAUCCAACUGGGAAAAGGUUGUUUGAGAUUAUGGUGAACAAGGAAAGUAAUUUGUGCCUUUCUGCUGAUGUUAACACUGCUUCUGAGCUAUUAGCACUUGCUGAAAAGAUUGGACCGGAGAUUUGUAUGUUAAAGACUCAUGUGGACAUACUGCCUGAUUUCACCCCUGAUUUUGGAUCCAAGCUUCGUGCGAUUGCAGACAAACAUAAUUUUCUUAUCUUUGAAGAUCGUAAAUUUGCUGACAUUGGCAACACAGUUACAAUGCAAUAUGAAGGAGGCAUCUUUCAUAUAUUGGAGUGGGCAGAUAUAGUUAACUGUCACAUUAUCUCAGGUCCCGGAAUUGUUGAUGGGUUGAAAUUGAAGGGUUUACCUUGUGGAAGGGGAUUGUUGCUGCUUGCAGAAAUGAGUUCUGCUGGUAACUUUGCCAAGGGAGAUUACACAGCUGCAGCAGUGAAAAUUGCUGAAGAUCAUUCAGAUUUUGUGAUUGGAUUUAUCUCGGUUAACCCAGCUUCAUGGCCCGGGGCUCCAUCAAAUCCUGCCUUUAUUCAUGCAACCCCUGGAGUUCAGUUGGUUAAAGGUGGCGAUGAUUUAGGCCAGCAAUAUAAUACCCCAAUUUCUGUAAUUUCUGAAAGAGGCAGUGAUAUCAUCAUUGUGGGUCGUGGGAUCAUAAAGGCAGCUAAUCCUGUUGAUGCCGCUCGGGAGUACCGAUUACAAGGUUGGAAUGCAUAUUCAGUUUGUUGCAAGUGAGUGAUUUCAAAUGAAAUUGUGAUCUUUCUGUGAUGGUUAUGACCAUGUGUUUAAAAUAUCGUCAUAAAUUUAUGUGAGGUGCUCUAUAAUGCAUCACAUAAACCUAGGCCUUUGUCAUCAAAUAUUAAGUGGAUUUUGAUCUAUUUGCUAGUUUAACGUAAUCUGCAUUAAGAUAUCGAGGCUAAAACCACUUGUAACAAAAUUCUUCUGAGUCGUUUCUCAUGGCAAACAACACUGCAGCCUGCAGGUUGUUAAAAAUCCAAAAAUAAAGUACCUCUUCUGUAUCAA